GUCGAGCGCGGCGACCCGGCAGAGCCUCGGUUUCCUACGGGCCCCGUACGAGUGGGGCCGGGCACGUGAGGCCGCGUUCCUUGACUCGAGGUUCCCGACUCCGGACGGCCCGAGGUGCUGACCCUGGGAAGGCCCAGGGUGCAGGGGACGGAGGGGCGGGCGCCUGGGGAGUGACCGCCGCUGGGCAGACAGCGGCGCGUCGCCGGAGGCCGCCCGGGAAGCGUCCGCAGGUGCGUUCGCCUGCCAGGCCCAUCCCGUGCACCGCCUACAGCCCGUUUUGUAAGAGAGGAAGUAGGUACAGAGGGACGUGCCCAAGGUCACCCAGCCCAGGGCUGAGCCAGGAACCGGAGGACCAGGGUUUAGGGGUCUUGAGAGGGCCCUCUCGGCAGCAGCUGAGCGGGUGAGGGGGUAUUCGGGCCCAGCGAACUUCCAGAGGCCCGUGCAGAAAGGAGGCCACCGAAGCCAGCGGCAGGACGUGGACGGAGCCACCCGCGUUGCCAUCGGAAACCUGGUGGUGGACUUUUUGUGGCUGAUACGCGCGCUGAGGAAUUGGGGGAGGCCGUGCACCUGGGAUGCUUGGUCAGCUCAAAUGCUACAACACGGGGGCAUCAGGCCCGCGCUGCUCCUGGUCCAGACACCCAAGGCUUGGCAUGGGCUUUCUCCGCUUAAGCCCCCAGCCCCCCCUAGGACUGCAGGGGGCAAGGCCUUCCACGUGAUGUGCCAGCUCUUGUCAAGACAGGGCCCUGCCCAGGCAGGCAGGCAGGGUAAGCCCCAGGGCCCUGGGCUGCGAACCAGACUGCUGGUCACAGCCUUGCUUGGGACGGGCCUGGGCGGGGCCUGGCUGGCCAUGAGGGCUGAGAAGGAGCGGCGGCGGCAGCAACAGCGGACCGAGGCCCUGCGGCAGGCCUCCGUGGGCCAGGGCGACUUCAGCCUGCUGGACCACCGGGGCCAGGCUCGGCGCAAAGCCGACUUCCGGGGCCAGUGGGUGCUGAUGUACUUCGGCUUCACUCACUGUCCCGACAUCUGCCCUGACGAGCUAGAGAAGCUGGUGCAGGUGGUGCGGCAGCUGGAGGCUGAGCCGGGCCUGCCCCCGGUGCAGCCCAUCUUCAUCACGGUGGACCCCGAGCGGGACGACGUCGCAGCCAUGGCCCGCUACGUGCAGGACUUCCACCCGCGGCUGCUGGGCCUGACCGGCUCUGCUGAGCAGGUGGCCCAGGUCAGCCGCAGCUACCGCGUGUACUACAGCGCCGGCCCCAAGGAUGAGGACCAGGACUACAUCGUGGACCACUCCAUCGCCAUCUACCUGCUCAGCCCCGACGGCCUCUUCACAGACUACUACAGCCGGGCCAGGUCGGCCGAGCAGAUCGCGGACAGCGUGCGGCGCCACAUGGCCGCCUUCCGCAGCGUCCUGCCCUGAGCGGCCAUUAAAGGGUGCGGUGGAGCCGUGUGUGCGUCUGAGCUGCGCCUGGUCCCUGGUGGGGGUACUAGAGACGGGCAGCCGUCUUCUCUGCACAGAGCAGCAGCCUUUUU